AUGCAGUGGAAGACCCUCGCCCUCGCGCUCCUCGUCGAGCACGGCUCCGGCCAGAUGCUGGAGAUGUUGCGCUUCAGCUGCUCGCAGCUCGUCAUCGACCGCUUGGACCCAUUAGUUUCGCCGGGCUCUAUCCCGUCGCCCCACCUGCACCAGAUCGUGGGCGGCAACUCCUUCAACGCGACGAUGGAGCCGGUGGCGCACGACCUGCCGUCGUCCUCGACGUGCACGAGCUGCACGUUCUCGGAGGACUUCUCCAACUACUGGACCGCCGUGCUGUUCUUCAAGGCCCGCAACGGGACCUACAAGCGCGUGCCGCAGUUCGUCAGCGAAGGCCUCCGGGCCGACGGCGGUAUUACGGUGUACUACAUCCCGUCGACCAACGCCCGCGAGAAAGUCACAGCUUUCAAGCCCGGCUUCCGCAUGCUCAUCGGGGACGCUGCCCUGCGGUCCCCCGGCGACGCGCGCAAGGUGUGCCACCGCUGCAUGCCGGCAAAGGGGGACAACAGCAACGUGAACUGCGGCGCCCCGGACACCCAAGAGUUGCCCAAGGGGUUCUGCGAGGGGGGGAUCAGAUCGGUCAUCACGUUUCCGACUUGCUGGGAUGGGAAGAACUUGGAUAGCCCGGACCAUAAGAGCCACGUCGCUUAUCCCAGCCCGGGGUCCGGCGAUGUGGGUGUCGGUGCGUCAGGUAGCUGUCCGGCAAGCCACCCUGUGAAGAUCCCGCAGGUCAUGUACGAAGUCAUGUGGGACACCCGACCUUUUAACGAUAAGAACCUGUGGCCUGAUGAUGGCUCGCAGCCUUUCGUAUGGAGCACCAGCGAUAAGGAUGGAUACUCGCAGCACGGAGACUACGUCUUCGGCUGGAAGGAUGAUUCUCUGCAACGCGCCAUGGACUCUCGGUGCAACGGUGCUAUCUGCAACCAACUUAAAAUACAGUCUUCAGAGGAAGCGAUGAAGUGUACUAAGCCUCGCAUGGUCGAAGAGGAUAUUGAUGGAUGGUUAACUGAAAUCCCGGGCAUGUCAAUGUAG